UGAGCAUCACUCGAGGGAGAGGAGGAGGUUUCGUUUGCUUUCUGUUUGGAAUGUGUGGUGAGCAUCCUCUGCUGGAGCUUGGGGCCUGGAGCAAACCCGGGCUGCAGAUUUAGACGUAGACGUUUGGGAGGACGUGCAGCUGCAGAGCUUUGUAGGAAAACAACCUCCGAGAGGCAGACACGAUGGCUAGCUCAGCGCGGGAGCAUUUGCUUUUUGUGCGGCGUCGGAAUCCACAGAUGCGGUACACGCUGAGCCCAGAGAACCUCCAAAGCCUGGCAGCCCAGAAUUCAAUGCCCGAGAACAUGGCCUUGCAGCGGGCCAACAGUGACACAGACCUGGUGACUUCCGAGAGCCGCUCCAGCCUGACUGCCAGCAUGUACGAAUACACACUGGGGCAAGCCCAGAACCUCAUUAUCUUCUGGGACAUUAAGGAAGAAGUUGACCCCAGCGAUUGGAUUGGACUCUAUCACAUAGAUGAGAAUUCUCCAGCCAACUUCUGGGAUUCUAAAAACAGGGGUGUGACUGGAACCCAAAAAGGACAAAUUGUGUGGCGAAUUGAGCCUGGGCCCUACUUCAUGGAACCGGAGAUCAAAAUCUGUUUCAAAUAUUACCAUGGCAUUAGUGGAGCCCUGCGAGCCACAACCCCCUGCAUUACUGUGAAGAACCCAGCUGUGAUGAUGGGGGCAGAAGGCAUGGAAGGAGGUGCUUCAGGAAGCCUGCACUCUAGGAAACUCGUCAGUUUCACAUUGUCAGAUCUCAGGGCAGUUGGGCUCAAGAAAGGGAUGUUCUUCAAUCCUGACCCUUAUCUUAAGAUGUCCAUUCAGCCAGGGAAGAAGAGCAGUUUCCCUACCUGUGCCCACCACGGGCAGGAGAGAAGAUCCACUAUCAUCAGUAACACCACCAAUCCAAUCUGGCACAGAGAGAAAUACUCCUUUUUUGCACUUUUGACUGAUGUCUUAGAAAUUGAGAUCAAAGACAAAUUUGCCAAGAGUCGGCCCAUCAUCAAACGCUUCCUGGGAAAACUAACCAUUCCUGUGCAGAGGCUGCUGGAGCGGCAGGCUGUCGGUGAUCAGAUGCUCAGCUACAACCUUGGCAGAAGACUCCCGGCUGACCACGUGAGUGGCUACCUCCAGUUUAAAGUGGAAGUCACGUCUUCUGCUCACGAAGAUGCAUCUCCAGAGGCUGUUGGCACCAUCCUCGGAGUCCACACUGUGAAUGGAGACCUGGGCAGCCCUUCUGAUGAUGAUGAUAUGCCAGGGAGCCAUCAUGACAGCACUAUUUGUGCUAAUGGGCCAGUGUCUGAGGACAGUGUCGCUGAUGGGACCCCCAAGCAUUCUUUCAGGACUAGCUCUACUCUGGAGAUCGACACAGAGGACUUGAUCUCUACUUCUUCAAGAAAUUCACCCCCCAGAGGCCGCCAGGAUUCACUCAAUGAUUACUUAGAUGCUAUUGAACACAAUGGCCCCUCCAGGCCAGGGGCAGCCUCCUCCUCUGAGCGGUCCAUGGGAGCCUCUCCCAAACUGAGGAGUAGUUUUCCCACCGACACAAGACUCAAUGCGAUGCUUCAUAUAGACUCAGAUGAAGAAGACCAUGAGUUUCAGCAAGACCUAGGCUACCCAUCUUCCUUGGAGGAGGAAGGAGGCUUGAUCAUGUGCAGCAGGGCAUCGAGAAUUGAUGAUGGGAGCCUGACAUCUCAGACCAAACCAGAGGAUGACAACCUUGUUGAGAAUGAGGAUGCCUCUGUACAUGAAACUGCUUCCUUAGAAGAGAGGCCGGAGAAUCUUCCAGAGGUUGCAGAAGGCUCCUUGCUGGCAAGUACAGCCCCUGAUGAAAAUGAAGCCAGCCUAGAGCCUCAACCCAGUGCUGACCAGGGCAGCACUGAAUUGUGUAGCUCUCAAGAAGUAGAUCAGCUCACAAGUGGUACAGAUGCGGGAGCUUCUGACACAUCUGGAGGAAGCCGAAGAGCUGCCAGUGAGACUGAGUCCCUGGACCAGGGAUCUGAACCUUCGCAGGUGUCCUCUGAGACAGAACCCAGUGACCCUGCAAGGACAGAGAGUGUGAGUGAGGCCAGUACCAGACCCGAGGGAGAGAGUGACCUGGAAGGUGCAGACAGCUCGUGCAAUGAGAGUGUGACCACACAGCUGUCCUCCGUGGAGACGCGGUGCUCAUCUCUAGAGAGUGCACGAUUUCCUGAAACCCCGGCCUUUUCUUCUCAGGAAGAAGAAGAUGGGGCCUGUGCAGCAGAGCCCACCAGCAGCGGCCCCACAGAGGGGUCACAGGAGUCUAUCUGCACUCCUGGUUCUUUACCUGCUGUGCAGGUGCCCAGCAGGGAAGAGGAAGGGUCAGGGGCUGAAGCUGCUGCUUUAUCUGAGCAGGGGGAGCUGGGGGAGGUCUGGCAGAGGAGGGGGAGUCUUGAGGGAGCAGCAGCUGCUGCAGCACCUGCUGAUGCCACCGAUAGCCAGCCCCAGGAAGAUGGGGAUGCUGGGGAUACCCAAGGUGCCUGCGAAGGGGCCACUGCCCAGGAGGAGGGCGCCACUGGAGGUUCUCAAAGCAAUGGCCACCAGCCCUUGAGAUCACUACCUUCAGUGCGCCAGGACGUCAGCCGGUACCAAAGGGUAGACGAGGCCCUCCCACCAAACUGGGAGGCACGAAUUGACAGCCACGGCAGAAUCUUCUACGUGGACCAUGUAAACAGAACCACAACGUGGCAGCGGCCUACAGCUCCCCCUGCCCCACAGGUCCUGCAGAGAUCUAACUCCAUACAGCAGAUGGAGCAGCUGAACCGCCGUUAUCAGAGCAUCCGCAGAACCAUGACUAAUGAGAGGCCUGAGGAAAAUACCAGUGCUAUCGAUGGGGCAGGGGAGGAGGCCGACUUUCACCAAGCCAGCGCAGACUUCCGUCGGGAGAACGUCCUGCCCCACUCUACCUCCAGAUCCAGGCUCACACUGCUGUUACAGUCGCCCCCUGUGAAGUUCCUCAUCAGCCCAGAGUUCUUCACCGUGCUGCAUUCUAACCCUAGUGCCUACCGCAUGUUUACAAACAACACGUGUUUGAAGCACAUGAUCACCAAAGUCCGGCGGGACACCCACCACUUUGAACGCUAUCAGCAUAACAGGGACCUCGUGGGAUUCCUCAACAUGUUUGCUAACAAACAGCUGGAACUACCGAGGGGCUGGGAGAUGAAACACGAUCAUCAGGGCAAGGCAUUUUUUGUCGACCACAACUCCCGGACCACCACGUUCAUUGAUCCUCGCCUCCCACUUCAGAGCAGUAGGCCCACAAGUGCGCUGGUUCAUCGACAACACCUGACCAGGCAGCGCAGCCACAGCGCGGGUGAGGUAGGAGAAGACUCUCGGCAUGCAGGACCACCAGUUCUCCCCAGGCCAUCCAGUACAUUCAAUACGGUCAGCAGGCCACAGUACCAGGACAUGGUUCCAGUGGCCUACAAUGACAAAAUUGUUGCUUUCUUGCGUCAACCCAACAUCCUUGAAAUUCUGCAAGAGCGUCAACCUGAUCUUGCCAGAAACCACUCACUCAGGGAGAAGAUCCAAUUUAUCCGAACUGAAGGGACCCCUGGAUUGGUGCGGCUCUCAAGCGAUGCAGACCUUGUCAUGUUACUGAGCUUAUUUGAGGAAGAGAUCAUGUCAUAUGUGCCUCCUCAUGCCUUACUCCACCCCAGCUACUGUCAGUCCCCGCGGGGCUCCCCUGUGUCAUCUCCCCAGAACUCACCAGGUACUCAGCGUGCCAAUGCCCGGGCUCCAGCCCCUUACAAGAGAGAUUUUGAAGCCAAACUAAGAAACUUUUACAGGAAGUUAGAAACUAAAGGAUACGGACAAGGCCCAGGAAAAUUAAAAUUAAUUAUCCGAAGAGACCACUUGCUAGAAGAUGCUUUUAAUCAGAUUAUGGGCUACUCCAGAAAGGACCUGCAGAGGAAUAAACUGUACGUCACCUUCGUUGGGGAGGAAGGGUUGGAUUACAGUGGGCCUUCCAGAGAGUUCUUCUUCCUGGUAUCCCGAGAGCUCUUUAACCCCUAUUACGGCUUAUUUGAAUAUUCAGCCAAUGACACAUAUACAGUACAAAUAAGUCCUAUGUCUGCCUUUGUAGACAAUCAUCAUGAAUGGUUCCGAUUCAGUGGGAGGAUCCUCGGUCUUGCACUAAUACACCAGUACUUGUUGGACGCCUUCUUCACGAGACCCUUCUAUAAGGCUCUUCUCAGAAUCCUGUGUGACCUGAGUGAUCUGGAAUACCUUGAUGAGGAGUUCCACCAGAGCCUUCAGUGGAUGAAAGACAAUGACAUCCAUGACAUCCUAGACCUCACAUUCACUGUGAAUGAAGAAGUUUUUGGGCAGAUUACUGAACGAGAGUUAAAACCAGGGGGAGCCAAUAUUGCAGUCACAGAGAAGAACAAGAAGGAGUACAUUGAGAGAAUGGUGAAGUGGAGGAUCGAGAGGGGCGUGGUGCAGCAGACGGAGAGCUUAGUUCGCGGUUUCUAUGAGGUAGUAGAUGCCAGGCUAGUAUCUGUCUUUGAUGCCAGAGAACUGGAGUUGGUCAUUGCUGGCACAGCCGAGAUAGAUCUCAAUGACUGGAGAAACAACACUGAAUAUAGAGGCGGGUACCAUGACAAUCACAUUGUAAUUCGGUGGUUCUGGGCUGCAGUAGAACGAUUCAACAAUGAACAACGACUAAGGUUGUUACAGUUUGUUACAGGCACAUCCAGCAUUCCCUAUGAAGGAUUUGCUUCUCUCCGAGGGAGUAAUGGUCCAAGAAGAUUUUGCGUAGAAAAAUGGGGAAAAAUCACCGCUCUUCCCAGAGCCCACACUUGUUUUAACCGCCUGGAUCUUCCUCCAUACCCUUCCUUUUCCAUGCUUUAUGAAAAACUCUUGACCGCAGUAGAAGAGACCAGUACCUUUGGACUUGAGUGACCUGGAAGCGUGACGCUCAGCUCUUCCUGGACCCGUAGUUCCAGCAGCUGGCCUCCCGAAGAGUGACACAGCAUUAAUAGUCUCAAGCCUCGGCUUCCAUUACAACAACCUGAGUGAUGCUCUCUGGGAACAUAUGCUCCUGUGUUUGGGGACUGGCUGUGAGUUCUUUUGGAAGGAUUGGGGUGAGCUUGGUGCCCAUGGAACAACCCAACAGUCAAUCAACAGUUCUUGACUGCCAAACCUCUCCUAUUUGUUCCCAUGUUCCAAGAUAAAAGACGAACCUGCACAUGAUCAACUCCGUGGUGACUUUUAGGGACUCAGGAGAAUCUUGAAACUCUCCCGUAAAUAUACUUCAAGCCAAACUGGCAGCACUGACCCAAUCUCUAAAUUAGCGCAAGUGAAAGAAAAUCAUUAAAAAAAAUAUAUAUAUAUAUAUAUAUUUCCUGAAAGUACAUUUGUUUAAGCCCUAAGUUAUAGCAGAAUGUUUAUUUCUUGCUUAUGAGUGCCUGCAUGGUGUGCACUAUAGGUUUCAACCUUCACAGGACAAGUGUGAAAAGUGAAACUAAGUCAGUAUGCGAUAACUUUAAAGAUUUGAGAUAAGGUGGUCUGUGACAAUGUAUAUGCAAGUGGUAUGUGUGUAAUUAUGGCUGAAGACAAACUUAUUCAAUGAAUUACUAAUGACAGAUUUUAUGCUUUAUAAUGCAUGAAAACAAUUUAAAAAUAUCUAGCAAUUAAUCACAGCAUAUCAGGAAAAAUGUACACAGUGAAUUCUGUUUAUUUUUUUAUAGGUUCAUCAUAUUUCUGUUCUUUAAGAUGUAUAUAAGGACCUACCUACCAUAGUGUAUGUACCACCUCUUCAUCUUCAUGUUCCAUGCUUACUCGGGCAUCUUGCUAGUAUGUACCCUUUUAAGCACGCUCAAGGGAACUAAAGGGCCUUUUAUUUUUAUAAAGGUUAAAAAGAUUUCCCCAAAAUAUUUUGCACUGAACGUACCAAAGGUGAAGGGACACUACAGUCUGACUAACAGCAGCACCAUCAGUUGAUGAUACAAUAGAAGUAGCUUUUGAAUCAGACUUCCUUCACAGUUGCCAUGUCAACCACUGCAAGGACUGUGCAUCUAAGUAAUAAUUUUGUAAGACUCACUAUAUGUGAUAGUAUGAUAUGCAUUUAUUUAAAAAUGCAUUAGACUCUCUUCCAUCCAUCAACUACUUUACAGGAUGGCAUUUAUUACAGAUAUUUCGUAUUUCCCCCACGGCUUCUUAUUUGUACAGCAUCAUUAAACUUUGAGCUUGGUUAGGGAGCCAUCAGCAAUGCCGGAGAGAUCAGCUCUCUUUCGUAGUAAGAGUUCCACUUUCUCUCAUCAAUGAAGAUACCAUAACUUGAAACUCUCAGUACUAUAUUUCUAAGCCUGCAUUUUCACUGAUGCAUAAUUUUCUUAUUAAUAUCAAGAAAAAAUUUUGUAUGGUCUCUCAGAAACUGCAUGACAUCACUGACAGGUCUUCUUAACUUGAUGAAAGGAUUUCCUUCAUUUUGAUUGCUUUGGGGACUGUCCCACGCUAUGUUUGUUUCUUGAUUUGUGACCAUAACUAAUCAGACACAGAGUACAGUGAAGUGGAAUUGAGGUGGGUAAAACCAUUACUUAACAUUUAGUUUGCCAGCCUGAGGGGCUACAGGCAUUACCUGAACAUUGCUUUGAGAAUCUUGUUUCUAGGUAUCAUGGACUUCCUGUUAUGGGAUGCAGGUAACUUUACAUUUUAUACAGGUUCCAUGCACAGUUCUCAUAGGUGUUUUGUAAGAACAGUUACUCUCCUGUAGUGAAGCUGUGUUUACUGUUGGGACCCUUAAGAGGAAUGACACUCAUGUUGUGUUACUGUGUUAAAGAUAAGUCCUGGGUAUGAGAAAAUGUUCCAGGAGAAAACAAAUUACAGAAACCUGGAAAAGAUAUAUGGAAUAUUUAUUUGUAUACCAUAAUUGGGCCUGAAAAAAAAAAAGAAUGACUAAAAUUUUUGACUGGAAUUAUUAGUUUGUACUUAUUUGUCAUGAAUACAAGUAUAUAUUUAAUUUUUGCAAACUGCUUUUACUUGUUUGUAUUUUUUCAUCAUAAGGAAAACAGAGCAUGCUAAUACAUUUUUUAAAACCAUAUUUUGCUGUGUCAGGGCAUUCCCUAAGAGUUGUCACAGGGGUUCGUUAAGAGAAAGCUGCCUUUCUUUCAAAAAUACAUUUAUAGGCCACAUUAAUGCUCACUUGGUUUGAGACACUUUGCCACCAUGUGCCGUAUUACUAGGCAAAAGAGAUUUCAAAUAAAAUGUACCUCUUUAACUAUUUCUAAUAAACACUGUUUGCUGUUGACGCUAAAGCACCCAGCUUCUCAAAUAGCAGUUUUAAAUGUAUCCAGACACUCUUAAAGUGGUAGGACUUAGUCCCAGUUGGCACUGUUCUCAGAAUUGGAAAUUAUCAAAAUUGUAGCUUGCAUAGUAGAAAACUGUGAUAACACAUUAUUCUU